AGAGAGAGAGAGAGAGAGAGAGAGAGAAAGAAGAGAACGGAAAAACGAGGCUUUAUUGAUAUUUGAUAAUAAUUUGAAGAGUCACAGUUGUGGUAUGCUGCAUAUUUUACGGAGCAUCGAAAGCCAAUGAUCACAAUGGAAUCCAAUAAAUGGCAAGUUUGAUCAAAAAAAUACCAGGGAAAUCUAAUUUAAUCAUCUGUUUUAAAUUAGCUUAAAAUGUCAGAUUUUGGUCAGAUUUUUGGAACAGAUCAUGUUUUCCAUGUGUUCUUGCGUGGAGCAAGUUCGUGAAACAGGUCUAUGGAAUUUGCAGCUGCCUCGAGUUGAGGGUGAAAACUCCAACCUGUAACAUCCCAGCACUAUGACAUCAUCAUCGUCCGCCCCCCCAUGGCUCUGCCUUCACCACCAGCCAUACAGAGUAUCCUGGGGCAGAACCUAUCACUCAACCCACUGGCCCCACCUCCUUUGGCUGCUGUGGGUGUGGUUAGGUCUGGGGGUGUGGCCUGGCUCCUGCUCGCACCAGCACUUCCACCCCCACUCCAUCAAAAUCGCCGGUGACAUCACUCUGGGGGGGCUGUUCCCCGUGCACUCGCGCGGGCCUCACGGCCUUCCCUGCGGGGAGAUCAAGAAAGAGAAGGGCAUCCACCGCAUGGAGGCCAUGCUCUACGCCCUGGACCAGAUCAACUCCGACCCAGAGCUGCUGCCCAACAUCACCCUGGGGGCCCGCAUCCUGGACACCUGCUCCAGGGACACCUAUGCCCUGGAGCAGUCGCUCACCUUCGUCCAGGCGCUAAUCCAGAAGGACACGUCUGACAUCCGCUGUUCCAACGGUGAGCCGCCCAUCAUCAGGAAGCCAGAGAGGGUAGUGGGAGUGAUCGGGGCGUCGGCCAGCUCCGUGUCCAUCAUGGUGGCCAACGUGCUUCGGCUUUUUGAGAUCCCUCAAAUCAGCUACGCGUCUACAGCCCCAGAGCUGAGUGACAACAACCGCUAUGACUUCUUCUCCAGGGUGGUGCCUCCAGACUCCUACCAGGCCCAGGCCAUGGUGGACAUCGUCAAAGCCAUGGGCUGGAACUACGUCUCCACCCUGGCCUCUGAGGGGAACUAUGGAGAGAGCGGAGUGGAUGCCUUUAUGCAGAUCUCUCGUGAGGCAGGAGGUGUGUGUAUUGCCCAGUCACUGAAGAUCCCACGGGAACCAAAGCCCGGAGAGUUUGAUAAGAUCGUCAAGAGGUUGAUGGAGACGUCUAAUGCUCGCGGGGUCAUCAUCUUUGCCAAUGAGGAUGACAUCAAACGUGUCCUAGAGGCGGCAAAAAGGGCUAACCUUACAGGUCACUUCCUGUUUGUGGGGUCGGACAGCUGGGGGGCGAAGAGCUCCCCCAUCGUGGAGCAGGAGGACGUGGCUGAGGGGGCCGUCACCAUCCUGCCCAAGAGAGCCUCCAUCGAAGGGUUUGACCAGUACUUCACCUCUCGUUCCCUGGAGAACAACCGCAGGAACAUCUGGUUCGCCGAGUUCUGGGAAGAUGACUUCCGCUGCAAACUCACCCGGCCCGGGAUCAAGAUCGACAGUGAGAAGAAGAAAUGCACAGGUGAGGAGCGCAUCAGUCGGGACACCCCCUACGAGCAGGAGGGGAAGGUGCAGUUUGUGAUAGACGCUGUGUACGCCAUGGCUCACGCCCUGCACAACAUGCACCAGGACCUGUGUCCCGGCUCCAUAGGGGUCUGCGACAAGAUGGACCCCGUGGAGGGACGCAUGCUGCUCAGUUACAUACGUGCCGUCGGCUUCAACGGCAGUGCAGGAACUGGGGUUCUGUUCAAUGAGAAUGGAGACGCCCCGGGGCGCUACGACAUAUUCCAGUUCCAGAUGUCCAACACCACCAACCCUGGCUACAGAGUCAUCGGACAGUGGACCAACAACCUUCGACUCAAUGUGGAGGAGAUGCAGUGGUCAGGUGGCGACCGGCAGAUCCCAGACUCCGUCUGCAGCUUCCCCUGCGCCCCUGGAGAGAGGAAGAAGAUGGUGAAGGGCGUGCCCUGCUGUUGGCACUGCGAGCUCUGCGAUGGCUACCACUACCAGCUUGACGAGCUAACCUGCGAGACCUGCCCCUUCGACAUGAGGCCCACCCCCAACCGCACUUCCUGCCGCUCCACGCCCAUCAUCAAGCUGGAGUGGCACUCGCCCUGGGCCAUCAUCCCCGUCUUCCUCGCCAUCCUGGGGAUCCUCGCCACGUCCUCCGUGGUCGUCACCUUCAUCCGCUUCAACGACACGCCCAUCGUGCGAGCCUCGGGCCGCGAGCUGAGCUACGUGCUGCUGACGGGCAUCUUCCUCAUCUAUCUGAUCACCUUCCUGAUGAUCGCCGAGCCCGGCGCCGUAGUGUGUGCCUUCCGGAGACUGCUGCUGGGCCUGGGCAUGUCCAUCACCUACUCGGCCAUGCUGACCAAGACCAACCGGAUCUACCGCAUCUUCGAGCAGGGCAAGAAGUCCGUGUCUCCGCCCAGGUUCAUCAGCCCCACCUCUCAGCUCGUCAUCACCUUUGUCCUGAUAUCUGUACAGGUCUUAGGGGUGUUUGUUUGGUUCGCGGUGGUCCCCCCUCACACCACCAUCGACUACGAGGAGCAGCGCCCCCCCAACCCUGAGCUGGCCCGCGGGGUCCUGAAGUGUGACAUGUCGGACCUUUCGCUCAUCUGCUGUCUGAGCUACAGCAUUGUUCUCAUGGUUACCUGCACCGUCUACGCCGUGAAAAGCCGGGGCGUGCCCGAGACCUUCAAUGAGGCCAAGCCAAUAGGAUUCACCAUGUACACCACCUGCAUCAUCUGGCUGGCCUUUGUGCCCAUCUUCUUUGGCACAGCCCAGUCCACAGAGAAGAUGUUCAUCCAGACCACCACGCUGACCGUCUCCAUGAGUCUGAGUGCCUCUGUGUCUCUGGGGAUGCUCUACAUGCCCAAGGUCUACGUCAUCCUCUUCCACCCCGAACAGAACGUCCAGAAGAGGAAGAGGAGCUUCAAGGCCGUGGUCCAGGCAGCCACCAUGUCUACCCACCUCUCCGCCAAGUCCAACGACAAGCACAAUGGAGAGACCAAGAUCGAGCCAGACAGAACACAGUAAACCAGAUACCUAAAGUCAGCAUACUUCUAAAAGGCAUCUCCGAAUGAAGAGAACAAGGUGAUGAUAAACUGACUAUGGAAAAGCUAUAUGAUUGGUCCAGUAACAACCAAGGAUUUCAUUGGUCCAUGGAGCACCAAUGGACAGAAACAACUUAUUAAAUUAUACUGUCCCUUUGGAACUACAACUCAAAUUCACUUUCCAGUAUCAAAACUUUGACUGCACUGGUGAAUGUGACUUAUUUUUUACCCAACUGAAUUUGAUGUCGGCCUACUGCCUCAUCAUACAAUGAUCUACAGACUACAUGAGUGGACAUGAAGAUCUGAACCAGUAGUUAUCAACACUGAUGAUUACAGUAACAUGGACCCAGCCCUUCUACCAUGUAGCUCCUAGACGCUUAACAAAUGGUUUACAUCGUUUUUAUAAGUACUGUGUUGUUUUUUUCAGUUUGGUGGUCAUUCCAGCUUGGAUUAAAUAACUGUAGUGCUCGGUUCACUGAUGUAUCAGCAUGACGAGUUUACAUUGUGAAUAUUUGUGUUCAUGAUCUUAGGCAGGAAGGACCUUUAGAAACACUGUUGGCUCCGAUUAUCAAGUGCUGACACAGAUAUAGUCACUUUUUUAACCAAACUGAACAUAUGGACCGUUUUGGCUCAGAAGAUGAAAUUUAUACAGGUGUCUUUGAUUUUCAAUACAUUAUGUCACAGCUAGGUUGAGUGAGUUAACACAUGGUGAUGGUAAUGACAUUCAUGAAGCCUCUUCCACCUGUAUCCUGUCAGGUUUACUGUGAAGGUAUUCUUCAUCGAUGUCUCCACCCUUCAUCAGAGACACACUGUAAUGCAAAUUAAAUACACCUCAUGCAGAGGAUUUGUUACAUACCGGAGUGGAACUGUCCUUUGGAUGUAUCAAACUGAUGUGAGGUCUUAUGUGUGUUACUGCAGCCACUGCUCUUUGUGUAUAUUAGAAAUUAUGAACAGGCCAUUGAAAAUGAUGGCCUUGUUUAUCUGUCUGUUCUAGGACCAGGUUAUAAAUGUUGAAGCUCUGAUAAUAGUCUAUGAUAUCAUCAAACAUUGUCAUCUGAGCAAUGAUUCCCACAUUCCAUGAAUACGUUUUAAAUAAUCUGUUUAUCUUCGGUACAUACAUUUUCCAUUCAUGUAUAACAUUUUCCCCAAAGAAUCGUAGAUUUCUUCAUGGGACAACUUAUGUAGGAAAAUAUAAUUCAACUGUAAUUGAAAACAAAAAUUAUCAAUCUAUAUUCUGUUUACAGCACAAGUUGGAGUUAAACAUUGAAUGUCUUCACACACUUAGCAAACCUAUUUCAACAUGACAGUAAUUUUAUAGACAGAUACACCUGAACAAACAUGUUCAGCUCAACCUUUCACGGUUCUGUGAGUAUUUUGCAUGUGCACUGAGGAACAUAAUGACAUUUUACAAGAUUAUUAGACAUUAUUUUCAAAGGAUUAUAAACAUUACAUUGUGGAUCUUGUUCCAUACAAAUGUAAAUAUGAACUUGAACGUAAAAAAAUAUGUCUUGUGCACUUUUUUUUUAUGAAUAAGAAUUAAAUGUAUGUUUGUGAUUCAGGAGAAAGCAUGUGUCUAGAUAUCUAUGUACUGUCUGUUAGCUUGCUGGUUUAGAAUUCUCCCAGACAACGGCACAAGAACUAAAACUCUGGUCAGUUUUAUCAUGUUUGCAUUUCAAAGUUGAUAGGCUGGUUGCAGGAGAUGUUAACGUCUUAACAACAGCUAUCCUAGAUUAUACUUCUCAUGGUUUUAUAUACAAUACAGGCGGCCAAACGAACACAGUACAGGUGUUUGUCUACUAGAAUCUUCAUUGAAAACCACAUUUCUUAUCCAAGACAUGUAUUACUAAAUUACAGCUAGUGAUACAGUAUCAAGAAUGUAAUUGUCAUUGGGAAGGCAAAUCAUCUUAAUAGCCUCUUUCUCAGAAAAUACACCAGCUGAAUAUGAAUUCAAUAUAAAUUAAUAGGCAUGCAGGGUGCUGAAGGCAUGUGGACAGGAAGCACAAUACCAAUAAGAGAUUCAGGGUCAAAGGUCAAGAGCAGUCCCAGCCAAAGAGAUGAAUUGAUUAUUCUGCAUUCUCUCUACAGUCAUAACCUUCCUGUUUAAAUUCAUUCUCAUUUUGCUCACUAUUAAAAAACAUUAAGUUUCUUUCCAACUUUCCAAGAUUAAUAAUUACUUACUAAGUAUUACAAAGACAGACUGAACUGAGCAAAUGUUUUCUAUCACAUUAAAGGUUCCCUCACUAUCUAUGACGAGUACAUGGAACCCCAGUGCUUUAAUGAUAAAAAAAAAUAUAUAUAUAUAUCCUUUGUCAUUUCAGAGCAGUGUAUGAGGCUAAAAGAAUAUGGUUCUUUAUGGUCUUAUUAUUCUGAGUGUAUUAACAUAUUCUACAGAAGAAGAUUUAUAAAAGGGAUAUUAUUAACAUAUAAUUUGAUGGAAUUUAUACAGCUUUAUUUAUCAUGCUCAAACAUAGGUUUUAAAAUUGGGUUACUUCGUACAAAUGGCCACAAAGGAGAAAGAAUAGUGGUUUAAAUGUUUAAUCCUCUUACAUAAAUCUCAGGUGUUUGAUGGUAUGUUUGAAUCCAGGACAAUCUCUCAUUGUUAAUGUCAAACACGGUAUGAAAAAAAGCUAAGUAAAGACUUGACCCAGUCCUAAAAAACACAGAGCUGGGCAUAUAUGUAGCUGUGAUUGUUGAUGUAUGGAUUGAUGCAUGUUGGAAUAAAUGUUUUAAUACUGUUGUGGAUUCUGUUAUAUUUUGAUUGUGCAUAACACACCAUCAGUUGGAUAAAAUGCACAGUAUCUUCCUACCUCAAACAUUCAGAAUAUUGUAGCACUAUAAAAACUGAUCUAAUGUCUUUUAAAAUUCUAAACAUGAUGUCUCUGAUUUGCUUCCAUACAUAUAUGCUAUGCCUAGAUCAUUUUUUAUAUUGCUACAAUAUUCAGAAUGAUUGAGGUAGGAACUGUGCAUUUUAUCCAACGUUAUCACUGAUUUGCUUCCAUAUAUAUGCAGCCAAUCAAUGAUGUUGUCCUUAGCACCAACUUGCAGCAUCUGCUUAUGUGCAACAAAUAAGAUGUUAAAAUCUGCCUGUAGCAGUAGCCUAUGUAUGUUAAGACAGCAUCACAUGCUGUGAAUGUUUGCAGUCCCUCAGAGAACAGCUGUGUGGACUAUUAAUACAUGACAGAGCAGUGUGGCCAUGAGGUGUGAAUGAACUACCACCAUCUCCUGGGAUUACAUCACAGAACACUUCAAAGGACCCUAGCUGGACUAACAGACCAUCCACAGACUCACACCAAAGCAUGUUUGAAUAUUCAACAAAUGAGGCCGGACAGACAUGAGAGACUGAAAUUCCAUUGAUCUGCUACAUAUGAGAAAUCAGUAAAUCAUUAGGAAGACAUGGUAUUGGCUAAUGCCUACUGGCCCAGAGUUUCAUGGUGGGAAUGGACUGGAUCUUAUUUCAGUGAAGGGCUGAGUAGAUUACUACAGAAGGUCAACUGACCCAAUCCUCACCAACAUUCUACAGGUAGUAGACUUAGGACUGAUAUCAGGGAUCUGGUCACCACUUACUAAGGUGAUAGGCUACCUAGGCUCACAGCCCUUAUAAAAUGUCAAAAUGGCCUUCAUCAACCAGCUGUUAAGCAGUUUAUCGGUGAGGUAAGUAGGUAAGCAACACACAACACAGUAACUUGCUUAAAAUAUCAGUCAAAAACGUGAGGGAUUUGCCAGGGCGGGUUGAGCUUUAUGGGCCUGUCUACAGGUUUGGGUUUAAUGCCAUCUAGUGGUUGGUAGGGUCUCAUGUAGAAAAUAUGUGUUCUGUGUGGUAGACUAUACGUUUAAAAUAUAAAUUAUUUAAAAGUAAAAUGUCUGUUGCUGUCAUCUGAUUAAAUAUAAUCAAUGGGAUAUCUUGAGGAGUGAUGACAGUUUUGUCCACAUGCUCAUAGAGCAGUCUUCAAGCUAGGAUACGAACCUUCCAACAAGUAAUUAGUCAUGACCAUAGCU